UGUAAUAUUCCGCGGAAAUUGGAAUGGAUUUCAAAUUGAUUGUGUUUAUUAGUUGUGUUUUGGUUGCAGCUUACGGUCGUCGUCAUCCUGCCAAGCAUUUCUGUGGACUCAAUCACCGUCAAAAGAUUGAACAUCGUUGGUAUCGCCAUGAUCCGCUUAUAAACUUCGAAGUUCAAGACCCUAAGGGUUUAACGGUGACCAUGGUUCAACGAUCUCCCAGCACUAAGUUCUUUGGAAUUGAGCUUUAUGUGAACAGGAAUCCUAAACAGAACGUAACACGAUGUGAUGUAUGUGGAAAUAGUACAACGGUUGUCUAUGGAAAGUUUAUCGUUCAAGAUGAGGAAGUGGUAAUCAGAAAGGGAGAUGUAUUAUAUUACUACGUACUAUUAGGAACUAGCGACAAUGUUACUCGCUUGCAAUUACAAAAAAUUUUGGUUACUGCUUCUGUUAUCAACAGAUGCAAUUGCGAAACGGCUUCAACAUCCACAAGUAUUAAUCCUCGUUCUGGCCAAACUACAGCUUCACCUAAGCCUUCUGAGAGCAGUUCAACUUUCGUAGUCACACUUAGCAGCUCGAAUUCAACGGAAGUGUCCUUGGAUAUAGAUGAUCAAUUAAAUGAAUUAAGCUCUGAAGAAUAUUUCCCGUACGAUUGUGAUCCAGACCCUGUUACUAAUCAGUGUCGCACUGCGCAAAGUGAAAAGUAUGCUCAACCAAGUUACGAUUCCAAGCGUGAUGUAGAUAUAUUGGAAGCAAUUAUAGAACAAAUAGGAAAGACACCUUGUGGAGCACGCAGCACCACUAACAUGCUGCGACUGGAAAGUACGAGUUUGCCAACCAACACUCUUGAGCACCUUACGAGUAUAAUCCAGUCAUCGCUUUCUUUCAACCUGGAGAUGAAGGACCUGGCAACGAGAAUCAGAAAUAUUGUACCGGACAAAAAAUUCCCCAGUGCUGUGUUCUUCGAAAUGUUUAGCUAUGUAGAAAAGCAAAAAGUAUUGUACUAUGCGCGGAUGAACAAUCUGAAACACAUCAGUGAUUAUGACUCGCGGCACUAUUUCAAGAAGCUAGCGUUGGCGGACGAUCAGAGUGAAGAUUGAGUGGAUCACUAUCAAGAGUGAUUGAAAAUCGUGAUUUAGAGAUAUAGAUACGAUACAAAAUUAAUUUAUUCGGAUAAGUUGUUUAAAAAAAAUGUGAUAAAACUUCGUAUCUUUUCGAAUCGCGUGUGCAGAAAAAUGAAACAUUAAAGUAUAAAAAGUAUUACACAUUUUUUCGCACACUUGUGAACCUAGCACUGGAAAGC